AUGAAGUCGUUUUUGUCCAUUGCUGGUGCUCUGCUCCUUGCUGCAACCCAGGUCUCCAGUCAUUAUACCUGGCCCGACUUCAUUGUCAACGGGAGCCCCACUAGUGACUGGCAAUAUGUCCGAAAGACAAACAACUACCAAGAUCUCAACCCUCAAACUGACGUGACCUCGAACGACAUCCGUUGCUACAACACUCAAAAGCUGAACACUCCGUCCACCGUUAGCGUUGCUGCUGGAUCGAAGGUCGGCUUCACUGUCUCUGGUAACCCAGCGAGUCUGUAUCAUGCCGGUGUUUUGAAUGUCUACAUGGCGAAGGCGCCUUCUGGCACCGACGUCGCGAGUUGGGAUCCCACCGGAGCCGUAUGGUUCAAGGUCUACCAAAUCUCUGCUGUCACCGACGGCGGAAGCACUAUCACCUUCCCGACCACAAACAUGACACAGAUCUCUUUCACCAUUCCUGCCGCAACACCCUCCGGACAAUACCUCAUCCGAACCGAACACAUUGCUAUUCACAGUGCUAGCUACUACGGCGGCGCUCAGUUCUAUAUUGCCUGCGCUCAAGUCACCGUCACCAAUGGCGGUAGCGGCACGCCCGGUCCCCUCGUUGCGUUCCCUGGUGCCUAUACCGGAAAUGAACCAGGAAUUUUGAUCAACAUCUAUUACCCAAUCCCAACGACCUAUGUCCAGCCCGGACCUGCCGUCUGGACCGGUGGUUCAAGCGGUGGAGGUGUGACGACUACCAAUGGAGGAGUCACCACUACUCAGGCCCCUCCGACAACGACGAUCAAGACCUCAGCGACAGUCUCCGCUACCAGCGCGCCAGGCACUGUAGCGCAAUACCAGCAAUGUGGCGGUCAGGGAUACACUGGUGCGACGGCUUGCGUUUCGCCAUUCAAGUGCACAGUCGUCAACACCUACUACUCACAAUGCCUCUAA